GACGUUGCUACUGCAAUUCUGAAGACCAAGUCUCAUCCAAACAGGUUAUUAGUGGAAGAAGCAGCCAAUGAUGACAACUCCGUCGUCUGCCUUUCACAGGCUAAGAUGGAUGAGCUACAGUUAUUUCGUGGUGAUACAGUCCUGCUGAAGGGCAAAAAGAGGAGAGAUACAGUCUGUAUCGUCCUCUCGGAUGACACUGUCUCCGAUGAAAAGAUCAGGAUCAACCGUGUCAUCAGGAACAAUCUCAGAGUUCGUCUCGGUGACAUAGUCAGUGUAGAAGGUUGUCCAGAUGUAAAGUAUGGUAAAAGAAUUCAUGUUCUCCCUAUUGAUGACACAGUUGAGGGAAUCACAGGGAACUUGUUUGAGGUAUACUUAAAGCCGUACUUUUUAGAAGCCUACCGACCAGUGCGAAAGGGCGACAUAUUUAUGAUUCGUGGAGGUAUGAGAGCUGUUGAGUUCAAGGUGGUUGAGACAGACCCAAGUCCAUACUGCAUCGUAGCCCCGGAUACUGUUAUUCAUUCGGAUGGAGAAUUCAUUAAGAGAGAGGAGGAAGAAGAGUCGUUGAAUAUGAUUGGAUACGAUGAUAUUGGUGGAGUCCGCAAGCAGCUAGCUCAAAUCAAAGAGAUGGUAGAGCUGCCAUUGCGUCAUCCUCAACUAUUCAAAGCCAUUGGAGUGAAGCCCCCAAGAGGAAUUCUUUUGUAUGGACCGCCUGGUGUUGGCAAGACCUUGAUUGCUAGAGCUGUGGCUAAUGAAACAGGAGCAUUCUUUUUCUUGAUUAACGGCCCUGAGAUUAUGAGUAAACUUGCUGGAGAUUCAGAGUAUAACCUAAGGAAAGCCUUUGAGGAAGCAGAAAAGAACGCACCAGCAAUUAUCUUCAUAGACGAGUUGGACUCCAUUGCUCCAAAAAGGGAAAAGACACAUGGUGAGGUUGAAAGGCGAAUUGUAUCACAGUUGCUGACUUUGAUGGAUGGAUUAAAACAAAGAGCUCAUGUCAUCGUCAUGGCAGCAACAAACAGACCAAACAGUAUUGAUCCUGCCCUUCGUCGUUUUGGUCGAUUUGAUCGUGAAGUGGACAUUAGAAUCCCAGAUGCUACUGGUCGACUUGAGAUUCUUCGUAUUCAUACCAAGAACAUGAAACUACAUGAUGAUGUUGAUUUGGAACAGGUUGGAAAUGAAACCCAUGGACAUGUUGGAGCUGAUCUUGCAGCUUUGUGCUCAGAGGCUGCCUUGCAGCAGAUCCGUAACAAGAUGGAUCUCAUUGACCUUGAAGAUGAACAAAUCGAUGCUCAAGUCAUGGACUCUCUGGCUGUGACUAUGGAUGAUUUCAGGUUCGCCCUUAGCAAGAGCAGCCCAAGUGCCCUGCGUGAAACAGUUGUGGAGGUUCCAACUGUCACCUGGCAAGAUAUCGCUGGUCUAGAUAACGUGAAACGAGAGUUGCAAGAACUGGUACAAUACCCUGUUGAACAUCCAGACAAGUUCCUCAAAUUCGGAAUGACACCAAGCAAAGGUGUGCUCUUCUAUGGUCCGCCAGGUUGCGGUAAAACGCUUCUCGCCAAGGCCAUUGCCAAUGAGUGUCAAGCUAACUUCAUCUCAGUCAAGGGGCCUGAGCUUUUGACCAUGUGGUUCGGAGAGUCAGAAGCUAAUGUUAGAGAUGUUUUCGAUAAGGCAAGACAAGCAGCUCCUUGUGUUCUAUUCUUUGAUGAGUUAGACUCAAUUGCUAAGUCUCAUCGUGGUGGCAACCUUGGCGAUGCUGGCGGUGCAUCAGAUCGUGUCAUCAACCAGGUCCUGACGGAAAUAGACGGAAUGGGAAGCAAUAAUAACGUAUUCAUUAUUGGUGCUACUAACAGACCCGACAUCAUUGAUUCAGCCAUCCUUAAGUCUGGUCGUCUAGAUCAACUGGUCUAUAUUCCUUUACCUGAUGAUGCAUCUCGUCUCUCCAUCCUCACGGCUAACCUUCGCAAAUCCCCUGUUGCAAAGGAUGUCAAUCUAGAGUACAUUGCGAAAAUGACGCAUGGAUUCAGUGGUGCUGACUUGACAGAGAUCUGUCAGCGUGCCUGUAAGUUGGCGAUCCGCCAAUGCAUUGAUGCCGAGAUCUCACAUCAGAGGCAACGAAUGGAAAACCCUGAUCUUGAUAUGGAAAUGGAAGAUGACGAUGAUGACCCAGUACCAGAGAUCACCCGUGCUCAUUUCGAGGAAGCCAUGAAGUUUGCGCGACGAUCUGUCACGGAUAACGACAUUCGCAAAUAUGAGAUGUUUGCACAAACUUUACAACAGAGCCGAGGAUUCGAUGGUAGCUCCAGGUUCCCAGAUCAAGGCAACCAAUCACAGGGCCCAGGAGCCGAAGCUGGUUCCAAUAACCAGGAUGCGUUCCCGGAGGCAGACAAUGAUGAUGAUCUUUACAACUAAAAAAUAAGUGAUUUUUUUCUGCUGUCAAGAUAUGUAUAAUAUUUUAUACAUAAAGAGACAAAAAAGAAAUAAAAUACUUUUUAUUUGAAGCAAAUCGGCUUCAAAUUUUGUAUUUUACUUAGAUGAGGGACUUUAAAAGAGUAAUUUGCGUAAUUUCUUAUUAUAAUGGUGAAUUCCAUCUUCGUUUUGAUGAUUUUUUAAGCAAAGGGAUUUGGAGGUUUGGUUUGUCAAAUGAGGUUUAGAUAAUCAUAGAACCCCCUCUGGUUUAGCUGAAAAUUAAAUAGAAAAAAAAAAAAAAGAAGACAUUUUCCACAUUAGUAAUGGUCAUUUAAAAAUAACAUUUUUGAAGUCUGCAGAGUGCCCUGACUUUCUGACAGCAAAUUUAAGCAAUUUUGCAAAGCAUCUGUCAACGAUUAUUUCAUUUAUCUAGUGACUUAGUGAAACCAACAAGUUUAACUCACCAUUUCGUCGAUAAUUUUUAGAUUUGAGUUUUAGAAUUCGGAGAUAACACAUGCCAUUUAUAUAAUAUUAGUUCAACUAAUGUAUUUUGUAUUGUAAUUACUCAUUUGUGAGGUGGAACAUUAUUGUUUUCCUCUAUGUUUAAAUAUUACCAUACAUUUGUUUGAAAGAAAAAAAAAAACAACAUUAUACCGCUGAUGUGAAAAUAUUAAGGAAACAUGGAGAUCUAUUUCCAUAUUUUGCUUAUUGCAAGCAUAACUGUUAACAUGUGUUAAAUUAUUAAAUUCCCAAUAAAUAGAUGAAAA